CUGGCUGGCUGGCUGGCUGGCUCGAAGUCAGGUAGUCCUGCAUCUGGCUAUACCCACAUGCAUAUCCACACAGCAGCCGUCGGAGCAGCCUGUCUGCCUGUUCGCCCGGCUUGUUGCAGUCGAGACUGCGGUUUCCUUGCUGCCCAGGUCAAUCAUACCAGAACCCGUGUUACUGACGAGUCUGGGGCUAGCCGCUCCAGGUAAGGCAGAGCACUCAAAGGUACCAGACCACCGUGUGCCUGGUGACUCCCACCAAUGUAUCCCCGCACUACGGCUCACGCCUGGCGAUACCUCUACCUUACAGUGCGAGACCCGCCGGUGGGCAGCAAGGGGUGGCCUGCUGGGAGUUUGGGACUGAGUGGGUGACUUGCCGUACGGAGUACUGGCUGGAGAGCCUCCUGCUUGUACUGUGGUACAGUCACCUCACAGUCCGCUGUUCGUCCGACUCAUCCUCUGCUCUCCAACCUUCGCUUCCACUCCAACCUUAACCGCAACCUUUCCCUGUUUUCUUCUGCAGUGCCUGUUGCUGCCGCCGUGGGAUUUGCAUUUCCUCCCACUCGUCACUUCACUUGUCGGCCGUCAUCCUUUCGCCGAGUUACGCUGUAAUCCUUUGACGUCUAUCUUUCGCCUGUCUGCUAAUCUCCCUGUCGUCUUCCCUCCCCGACCUCCCCAACCCGCCUUGGCCUGCCGUCCGUCAACUCUCUGAUGAUCUCUCCUCAACCUGGCAGCCUGUUGUUCGGUGAGCCCUCGCUUCCCGGACAAACAACACCAGCACCGCCAGCAGCACCAUCACACGGCUGCCUCCUGCAGGCCGCGGCCCCUCGCUGCCAUCUACGGUAACCUGCCGUCCCGUCACCAUGUCGUCUUCCAUCGACAUCCCCGCCCAGUCCCAGAGGCAGCCCAAGGUCCACAGCCCCAUGAGCUCCUCCUCCUCGACUUAUUCCACCUCGCCCACCACGCCCUCCAAGUCCUCCAACUCGGCCCAGAAGCAGAAGAUGGCACACGAGCGCCGACCGAGCCUGCUGAGCUCCGCUCUCUCGGAAUCCAAAUCCACCACUAUCAACAUCGGGGACGAGGACGGCCCACCUCGGCUUAUCUCUUAUCUCGCCACCAGCCAGGGCUUUGAAUGGAACCCGGAGCUCUUCCUGCCCUCUUACAUCGAUUACGACUAUACGCCCCUGGAGAACAAGCGCGAGCCUGUCAAGGAGAUCACCCUGACGGACGAGGAGAUCCAGAACAUGUUCCCCCACAACUAGGCAGGGUUCUCUUUUUUUCUCUGCAUUCCCAUUCCGGUCGGCUCUAGAACGGUUGAUUCUCACGAGAACACUUGUCUUCCACCCCCAAACAGGCGCACUGGACGGCAUUCCUUGGUUUUCUUUUUACAAGACAUGGGCCGAACAAAUACGACAGGAGGGUUCCCAGCAGGAAGACGCUGCAAGGGACACCGACAUCCGAUACCAUCACCAUAGCAGGGGUUCCGGGUUAUGUUUUCAGACUGGAAGCUGGGGGUCUUUUCUCAUUCAUUGCUGUUCUGGUAGUAUCUUAUUCCCCACGGCGGUCUUUCGUACACUCAUCAUGCUUAUGAUCUUAGUCAGGGGGUUUUUGGAUGGGGCGUUCUGUUAUUUCUUGUCGUCGGGUAUGCGCACAAGGGGGAACACGGUCACCUGGUCGUUAACAGCUCUACUCAACAGAGAGACCCGCUUGUACGUAUCUGACUGCUUGUAAGACAUUGUUGGCACUCCGCUCAGACAUUGCUCCAAGAAGAGAUGCGACAAUCCCAUGGUAAACCUAAUCGUUAUGACUUGCUUAGGUGGUGCUUGGGUUAGCAGUGAGAUGUCUCCUAUGGGAACAAAGAAGGUUUGGAGAAUAUCCAACGUCGGCAUCCCCAGACCAGGAUCCUGUGGGACCGGUUCCAACAGGACUGACUGACAGAUAUUUGUUCAAUUUUGGAAUCAAACUUGUGCAAGGGGCCAUCCAUUCCUGAAACGGCAUUAUACACAAUAUCCACAGCCAAGGAACCACAAUCCCAUGUUACUGUAAUGGCCUUCGUGUUGGCAUGGUCCAAGGCGAGACUGCCGCCAGGCCAUCCCAUGUUACUUCAUAGCUGCAAGCACUUCCGGGUCCCAG